UCUUGCCUCCUUGUGUCUCUUUUUCUCUCCUUACCCAUCCAGGGGCUAGGCGUGCGCGGAGAGAUGGCGACAAGCGGGCGCCCGGAAGACCCACGCCCUCUCGGAGACAGGAGGCUGUGGGAUUUCGGAUCUGCCCUGGCCCUCACGCCGCCUCUUUGCACCUCAGGGAUUUUCUUAUAUAGUAAAGUCAUUUUCUUUUUUUAAUUUUAGAGCGCGAGGGAUUGAGCAUUUAGUGCUUCAUAGGAAGUAUUUGUUCCGGAGAUACCUGUUGAUAAGGUGUCCUCAUGAACUAUCCAUCUAAGGCUACUCUUGUUUGAAGUCUGAAGGCUGGACUUUUGAUUUAGUGGUGUCUUUUUUUUUUCUUCCAUUUGGAAACCCUGGUGGCGUAGUGGUUAAGUGCUACAGCUGCUAACCAAAGGGUCGGCAGUUCAAAUCCGCCAGGCACUCCCUGGAAACUCUAUGGGGCAGUUCUACUCUGUCCUGUAGGGUAGCUAUGAGUCGGAAUCGACUCGACGGCACUGGGUUUUUUACUUCCAUUUGAUCACCUCUUCACUUCCUAUUAGGUUGCACUUUCGCAAAAACACCAGAAUCGGUAUGCCUUGACUUGAAUUUGACAGAAUGACUCAGGAGCCAGGAAAUGCGAAGAAAUUGAUAAGGCCUUGAAACAUUUCCUUCCAAAGCCACAGUCUUCUUUAUUUAGAAGAAUGGAGACCAGCAGCAGUGGCAGCGCUUCGGGGAACCACACCGUCCUGAAAGGGAAUUCUCUCGUUUUCUAGACUCUACUGACAAAUAGCUGAGAGCUGCCGUGCACUUCCUGUGGUUCUCACGCACCGUGAAGCCAUUUCUCAGCAAUGGGAGGAGUUGUUAUUUCCACACGGGCAUCCAAAAAUGAGUCACAGGGCUGUUCUCCUAAUAGUGAGACUUUGUUAAUGAACUUUUGAGAAGUGAAGUCUGUGUUUAAAACAAGGCUACAGAUGUGAAACGUGUGCACUCACUGCCCAUCUGCAACGGGCUGUGUAGGAAGUAGCAAUUCAAGUUUGCAGUUUCCUAAAAGUGCCUGAUGGUACAACAAACUAUCCGGGGUCACUAGGCUGAUCUAAGAUAAACAUUAAAAUCAUGUGCUUUGCCACAGAGGCCAGGAGAAAAUUAAUUUCAUUAUUUGAUCACCGUUUUGCUAUUCCAUUCACUGUAUUGUGGAAAUAUGUCAUUUUACAUAGUGAUUGUAACUCACCCUCUGAAUCAAAAUAUUUUGGACAAUUUGUCUUUACAAAGUAAGUGCCAACGCGGCAUGACAGUUUUUGAAGAAAGUGGAUGCCAGUUGGCGCUGAAAAAAAUAAUAGGUUUAAGACAUGUUUUAUUGUAGCUGAGUAGUAAGGUCUUAGGAACUAUGGAAGGGACUCUGGACAUCUCAACACACAGCAGAGAAAGGAACUGCAUUUUCCCUGUCAGAGCUGAGUUCAGCUGAGCUCAGCCCCAACACUUAAUUGUGCCAGGUAAGAGCCUUAAAGACUAGUGGAGAAAGUCUGGCAGAUACCCUGGGAAAUUCAGUGUAAAGGAGGUAAGUGCUAUGAAAAAAAUCUAUGCCCAGUAUGACUGAAGUUUCCAUAAAACCAGGAUUGGGAAUGGACUGGGUUGUUGCUGGAGGAACUUAGAAGGUUUUGAGGUUAGUUACUGAUAUUUUUCUUUGUAGGCAGCCUGUAUCUUCAUUCAGAAGUGAUUUAAAAAUAUAUUAACUAGAAAGAUGUGGUUUUUAAAUUUUUUGUGUAGUCAUAUUUCAUGUUAUUUAAUAAUUAUGUUAAAUCCAGCCUGUUAGUACAUCUAAACAGUUUCAGGUACUUUUAGAUGUGCAUCAUUUUUUUAUAAAGUGACUAGUUAAUGGCAUUUAAUUUUAUAGCACCAUACUGAAGCAACUUUCGGUCAUUCUUUUCAUAGUUCAAAUCAGUAACUUUUAACACAUUGUAGUUGUGUGAGUCAAAAUGACUUAAUCCGCCGUCACAAUUUACUGUUGGGCACUUUUGAAAUUGAUACCAAAGUAAUAUUAAAUUUUUCCAAUUCUGUAAGAUAUCCAACUACUAAGGAAAACAAUGUCAAAUUUGAGACAACUUUACCUUCAUUUCUCCCUCAAAGACGCUCAAAGUUACUUUUUCUGGGUGAAAGAAAGGAUUGAGCGUGUUUUUCAUCAUUGUACUCCCUAAACUUGGCACAUGCUUUACUCUGAUGGGUGUUAAAAUUGAUUGAAUAAUGAACCUAAAGGUAGGAGGAGGGGUUGUCAGGCAGAUGGAGGGAUAGGUAGCCAAGCAGGAGGAACAGCAUGUACAAAGAAGUGGAACAGCACUUUAUGGUCGGGGAACUCCAGCCUGUUUAGUGUGGACACAUGGUGAGGGGUGGGGAUAGGGCUGGAGGAUGAGGCUGGAAAGAUGGGCAGGGGCCAGAUCCAUGUGUCAGGUAGGAGCUGUGAGUUUCUCCUAUGGAGGAUUUUGAGCAAAUGAAUGAUGUUGUGACAAGCGUGUUAUAAAAUGCUAACUUAGAAUCAGUGUUGGGAAUACAUUGGAUGAAAGUGACACUGAUUUGAGGGAGAUGCCUUGGAGAUUACAGUAAUAGUAGAGAUGGGGAAUCCAAGAGGGCACGAAUUAGGCAGUGACAGUGAGGAAUGGAAAAGAGGGAAUGAGCUGACAUGUUUGGGAGGCAGAACCCAGCACAUAUUUAGAAGUGGGCAGUGAGGGAGGGCGAGCAAUUCAAGUUGACUCCCACAUCUCUAGUUAAUGACUAAAAAAGCCAAACCAAACCAGUUACUGUCAAGUCGACUAUAGGACAGAGUAGAACUGCCCCCUAGGGUUUCCAAGGAGCAGCUGGUGGAUUCAAACUGCUGACCGUUUUUGGUUAGCAGACGAGCUCUUAACCACUACCCCACCAGGGGCCCAGUGAAUGACUAGGUUAGGAAUAUAAGUGGAAGAGUGGGUUUCGAGUAAAGGAUCAUGAUGAGUUCACAUAGUACUUGGCAACUAUAAUCAGUACUCAUUAUAAUUUUCUGAACGAAUAAUAACAACUAAAAUUUAUUGAGUGCCUAUCAUGUGCCAGGCAUUAUUCUAGGCCUUGAAGUGAAUUAAGUCCUUUCCUCCUCUCUGCAAUCCUGUGAGCUAGGUACUGUAAUUAAUUACUUUCGACAGACGAAGAAAGCACAGUGUUAGCUCUGGACAGAACCAGGUAUUGAUCCCAAGAACCUGGCUCCAAAGCACGCGUUAUGAACCACUAUGAUGCAAUAUAAGGAGCUCUAGUGUUGCAGUGAGUCGGAAUUGACUCAAUGGAAACAGGUUUUUUUUUGUAGUGCAGUGGUUAAGCAUUCAGCUGCUAACUGGAAGGUUGAUGGUUCAAACCUACCAGCUGCUGCACUGGAGAAAGAUAUGGUGGUCUGCUUCCGUAAAGAUUUACAGCCUUGGAAACCCUGUGGGGCAGUUCUGCUCUGCCCAAUAGUUGCUAUGAAUAUAACCUCAAUGUAUGAAUGAAUGAAUAUUUUGGACAGUGUGGCAAACAAAUUGAAGUCAUUCCCCUGAUCCCAACAAUCCUCCCUCAUCCAGGAAGAGCCUCAAUGCCUAAGAUUGACCCCCAGUGGUCAUAUUGUACUGGAUGACACCCUCCACUCCCACCCCCAAGAAAUACGCAGUUGAUCUCGGAAUAAGCCUGGAACCAUCAGAAGUUUUCUCUUAAGAACUGAAAAUUUAAAUGGAGACUCACAGUGACUGAAGGUUCCCAGAGCUUCAACAACUGCAUCCCUGGAGCUGCCCUGGUUACCUCCCUUUCCCAAGUCCUGAAUGCUCAGCACUUCGUGUGGUUAGCUUGAGCCUUCUUACGCCAUGCCAGUUACUGCUGAGUUGAGUUGACUCCUACUCCUGGUGUGACCCCAUGUGUGCCAGAGUAGAAAUGUGCUCCGUAGGGUUUUCAGUGGCUGGUUUUUCAGAAGUAGAUUGCCAGACCUUUCUUCUGAGUUACGUCUGGAUGGAUGUGAAUAUCCAGUCUUUUAGUUAGUAACUGAGCAUGUUAAUUAAUUGUUUGUACCACCCAGAUAUUCCUUAGAUAUACUCAGUGUUUUGUUGCCAAGAUCUAUAGUAUCCCAUGGGGAAGCAGGAAGCGUGGCCAAGAGUCUGAAUCUACAGAGUGGGUCAAAUGGUGGAAGAAUCACUAACAAAUGCAGGUAGGCAAUUAAGGGGCUCAAAUCUUACAUCCCUGGCUUGUGAUCUGGCUUUUGGGGCCUACCUUGUUCUGGUUUUAUCUGCUGCCUCCCCUGCUUCUAACUUAGAGAAUCUUAUUAAAUGAACCUGAUCCUGUUAUGUCCCCUGUGCUCCUGAUUUUGGCUUGGCAAACUGAUUCAGGUUUCCCAGGUUGUGACCCUGCUUGCUAUUUGUAGUAUCCAGGUAGAUUCCUUUGGACUUGAUAAAGGUAUUUUUGAUGAACAAACCUCUCCCCCGCCCCAGAAAAAAAAUCUGGUCCCAACUCUUCAUUAUCAUUGCUUGAUGAUUGAACCUACCCUGGCUUGGAUUAAUACCCUGAGUUUUGUUCAGUAAGCAGGGUAUGAUUGUCUUCCCCUCAGAGGCCUCCACUUUGGACCAUUUAAGGAUUAUAAACAUUGAAUUAAUGUACCUAAGCUGGAUCAACAAACUGACUUAAAGUGAGUUUGAGGUUUUAAAAUGUUCGAAUGUCUAAAACUUGAAGUUUUAGAAAUAUUUUCUCCAUGCAUGAAUUAAACGUCAGCAUUUCUUCAGAGUUAUCACAGGAAAUCAAGAUAUUUAUAAUCUACCAGUUGCCAUCGAUUCUAACUCAUAGGAACCCCACGUGUGCCAGAGUAGAACUGGGCUCCACAGGGCUUCCAGUGGCUGAUUUUUUGGAAGUAGAUUACCAGGCCUUUCUUCUGAGGUGCCUUUGAGUGAACUGGAACCUCCAACCUGACAGUUAGCAGCAGAGCGUGUUAACUAUUUGCACCAUGCAGGAACUCCAAGAGAUUGAUAGUUUCCCAUUACAUGGGAGUAACAUGAAGCCUUCUGCAAUGAUCUGUUCCACAUGUUUACUCCUUGGUCUGAAUUCCUAUAUGCCUGUCUGUAAUUCAUUCAGUGCUCAGAAAAUGACAAAAAUAGGGGUUUGGGUUGCAUUUCACGUGGGUUUGUCUUCCCUCCUCAGCUGGAGUGUGGUUUCCCUGAGAGCAGAGGGUCACUAGAGUUGAGGGCUCUGUUAGGUUGUCACUAAGCCUUCUCCCAGUUCUAACAAUAUUGUGACUUUUACUGUUAAUGAAACCAUCUCUCAGAGUAAGUUAGUUUUUUUGCCACUCCUGAGUCUGUGGAUGCAGGACAUGAUUUGUGUAUCUCAUUCAAAUGAGGCUCGAUAGUUAUAUAAUUUUUGGUAUGAAGCAGAGUUGUAGAAUUCGUAAUUUCCAAUUAUCCUUCUUAAGCUAGUUAAAUGUGUUUUUAACAUAAUUUGUGUUCUUUUCAGUGGACACAGUAUCAGGGUGGUCCAGAAAAUGCUGUCUCCUAGAAAGAUAUUCCCCUUCUUGUACACCCCACAGUAUUUUACUUGUUUCACUGUUCAAAGAUAUAAAAUGACAUCACAUUGCUCAUUGCAUAACCUACUGGGUGUAAUAAUGGGAAUUCCAACUUCUGAGGAAAGUGGAAAUUGCUCUGUUGUUGUCUUCAUAUGGAAACUGAGAGUGAAUAAGUAUUGUUCUUUCUUCUGUUCCACAUUCAGGGUUGCAGCAAUGCAUGUCUCAUGUCAUAGUUUUAUUUCUGAUUUUCUGUUCUGUACCUUGUGUACUGGUUAGUGAUGAGAUUUGUUGAUUUGCGAUAGAGUAGGACACAGUGUGUAAGUUGAAUUCUGUAUUUAUUAAUACAUCUCUCACUUCCUCCUCCCCUUGCCCCUGAGUGUUGUUGUUAGGUGCCGCCUAGUUGGUUCCAACUCAUAGUGACCCUGUGUACAACAGAGCAAAACAUGGUCCAGUCCUGCAUCAUCCUCACAGUUGUUAUGCUGAGCCCAUUUUUGCAGCUGCUGUGUCAGUCGAUCUCAUUUGAGGGUCUUCCUCUUUUUCGCCUUCUACUUUACGAAGCAUGAUGUCCUUCUCCAGGGACUGGUCUCUCCUGAUAACGUGCCAAAGUAUGUGAGAUGAAGUCUCAUCAUCCUGGCUUCUAAGAAGCAUUCUGGCUGUGCUUUUUCUGAGACAGAUUUGUUCGUUCUUCUUGCAGUCCACAGUAUAUCCACUGUUCUUCGCCAACACCAUAAUUCACGUGCAUCCAUUCUUCUUCCCUCAUUGUCCAGCUUUCCCAUGUGUAUGAGACAAUUGAAAACGCAAUGGCAGGCGCACCUUAGUCCUUAAAGCAACGUCUUUGCUUUUUAACAUUUUAAAGAGGUCUUUUGCAGCAGAUUUGCCCAAUGCAAUGCAUUGUUGGAUUUCUUGACUGCUGCUUCCAAGGGUAUUGAUUGUGGAUCCAAAUAAAGUGAUUACUGUAUGAUAACCCAACAUACAAUGAUGUCAUCUGACAAUAUUAUAUAGCUCUUUAUUAUUUACAAUGUACUAUUUAUCGUAUAUAUUAUCUCUUUUAGUUCUCAUAAUAGCCUGGCAGAAUAGAAAUGAUAAGUAGUAAAAUUAUUGUUGUUGCUGUCCGUAUUCUGAUUCUGUAGGUGAAGAAGGAGAAAGCUGGAGACAUUCAAUGACCACCCAAGAUUACUUAAGUAAUAAGGUGCAGGGCUAUCAGUAUUUGACUGAAAGAGGCAAGUUGAGGGUCUUAGAUCAAGAUUCCAGGAGACAAACUCUGAGACGUGCAUACAGGUUUAUUGGAAAGUGCUCUGGGAGCAACACUUGGAGGGAAAGAGGAAACCAGGAUUGGGCAGAGGGAAGAACUGAACCACAGUGCUUGUGCAACUGAGGUCUCAGCCACUUCCAUAGGGAACUUUUUAGCUAGGAUGGCCCUUUGUAAUUGUUGUGCCACCCCGAGGCAAGGAUAGACAUUUGUACCCCUCCUCCCAUUAAGUAAUCAUUGGAUGUGGGCCAGGAGGCACACCUUGGGCAAGGCAGCCCCUUCAGCCAAGGGCAGUUCUGCACCUGUGAACCUUUGGCAGUCAACACUCGCAGGAGGUGGAGGAAUGAGGGCCUUGGUCCUGAUGGGGAAUCUGGGUACCACAGCAUCCAUUGCAUUCGUGUCAAAGAGAACAUUCUCGUCUGCAGUGGUCUUGUUUGUGUCUGUCUGACCCAGACCAUCCUCCUGCAGAGUGGAGCUCUCUUUCUGUUGACCUUUUGUCAAAGACCCUUAAAGACUUAGAAUAGCCAAGCAGACAGCAAAAAGACAAAGUAGUCAAUCCCAGGAAGGUUAGGAGCUUCUUGUUGUUGUCGUUAGGUGCCGUCGAGUCGGUUCUGACUCAUAGCGACCCUAUGCACGACAGAACAAAACACUGCCCGGUACUGCGCCAUCCUUACAAUCGUUGUUAUGCUUGAGCUCAUUGUUGCAGCCACUGUGUCAAUCCACCUUGUUGAGGGUGUUCCUCUUUUUUGCUGAUGUCCUUCUCCAGGGACUGAUCCCUCCUAACAACAUGUCCAAAGUAUGUAAGAUGCAGUCUCGCCAUCCUUGCCUCUAAGGAGCAUUCUGGCUGCACUUCCUCCAAGACAGAUUUGUUCGUUCUUUUGACAGUCCAUGGUAUAUUCAAUAUUCUUUGCCAGCACCACAAUUCAAAGGCGUCAACUCUUCUUCGGUCUUCCUUAUUCAUUGUUCAGCUUUCACAUGCAUAUGAUGCAAUUGAAAAUACCGUGGCUUGGGUCAGGCACACCUUAGUCUUCAGGGUGACAUCUUUGCUCUUCGACACUUUGAAAAGGUCCUUUGUGGCAGAUUUGCCCAAUGCAGUGCGUCUUUUGAUUUCUUGACUGCUGCUUCCAUGGCUGUUGAUUGUGGAUCCAAGUAAAAUGAAAUCCUCCACAACUUCAAUCUUUUCUCCAUUUAUCAUGAUGUUGCUCAUUGGUCCAGUUGUGAGGAUUUUUGUUUUCUUUAUGUUGAGGCGUAAUCCAUACUGAAGGCUGUGAUCUUUGAUCUUCAUUAGUAAGUGCUUCAAGUCCUCUUCACUUUCAGCAAGCAAGGUUGUAUUAUCUGCAUAACACAGGUUGUUAAUGAGUCUUCCUCCAAUCCUGAUGCCCCGUUCUUCUUCAUAUAGUCCAGCUUCUCUUAUUAUUUGUUCAGCAUACAGAUUAAAUAGGUAUGGUAAAAGAAUACAACCCUGACGCACAGCUGUCCUGACUUUAAACCAAUCAGUUUCCCCUUGUUCUGUCCGAAUGACUGCCUCUUGAUCUAUGUAAAGGUUCCUCAUGAGCACAAUUAAGUGUUCUGGAAUUCCCAUUCUUUGCGGUGUUAUCCAUAACUUGUUAUGAUCCACACAGUCAAAUGCCUUUGCAUAAUCAAUAAAACGCAGGUAAACAUCUUUCUGGUAUUCUCUGCCUUCAGCCAGGAUCCAUCUGACAUCAGCAAUGAUAUCCCUGGUUCCACAUCCUCCUCUGAAACCAGCCUGAAUUUCUGGCAGUUCCCUGUCAAUAUACUCCUGCAGCCAUUUUUGAAUGAUUUUCAGCAAAAUUUUGCUUGCAUGUGAUAUUAAUGAUAUUGUUCUAUAAUUUCCACAUUCGGUUGGAUCACCUUUCUUGGGAAUAGGCAUAAAUAUGGAUCUCUUCCAAUCAGUUGGCCAGGAAGCUGUCUUCCAUAUUUCUUGGCAUAGAUGAGUGAGCACGUCCAGCGCUGCGUCUGUUUGUUGAAACAUCUCAAUUGAUAUUCCAUCAAUUCCUGGAGCCUUGUUUUUCACCAGUGCCUUCAGAGCAGCUUGGACUUUUUCCUUCAGUACCAUCGGUUCCUGAUCAUGUGCCAUCUCUUGAAUGGUUGAAUUUUGACUAAUUCUUUUUGGUAUAAUGACUCUGUAUAUUCCUUCCAUCUUCUUUUGAGCCUUAAUCCUAGGAGGCUGGACAUAGUGACAUUCUUGCUUUGUCUUUCACUGCAAAUUCCUGCAGCGGCCAACAGAGAGCCAGGCCCAGAUUCCUUGGCCCCUGACCAAGACUGCUGGAGAGAGGGGGAGGAGGAGGCGAAGAAAGAGGGAGGAAACUCUGGCUAGCCUUUUACUAUCUUAUAGCAAGAUAAACCCACCCACUGCCAUCGAGUCGAUUCCAACUCAUAGCGACCCUAUAGGACAGAGUAGAACUGCCCCAUAGAGUUUCCAAUGAGUGCCUGGCGGAUUCAAACUGCCAACUCUUUGGUUAACAGCCAUAGCACUUAACCACUAUGCCACCAGGGUUUCCUAUAGCAUGAUAGAGAUGCCAAAUUCCUUGAAUAGUCAUAGAUGGAGGAGGAGAAUCAGUGAAUUUACAGGAAUCAGUAAAUUUUCUAGGAGAAUAACAAGGCUCCAGGAAAUCUUAUGCCACGAAGCUUUGAGAUGCUAUUCUAAAACUUAAUGACCAUCUAACAGGGUGAGAAAGAUAACUUUGGCAGGAGGGGUAAAACGUUCAUAAAUGCAGGAAAAUAUAUUACCUGAGUCAGUGGAGCAGGAAAUAAUCAUCUUUCUUCAGAGGGAAAUGUAUUUUCAAGCCUACUUAUUUUCACUCCGGUCAUUGCAGGAGAUAUUCGUCACCUAAAAAAUGAUGUGAUAAACUAAAAGACAUUUUAAUGUUUUAUCUACUCCUGCAACACCAAAUGGCUUGCAGUUCUUACACCUUCAGUGCGUCAUGCCUUUGCUCAGGUUGUCUCUGCCUGACUGCUUUCCCCUUCUUCUUGCCCAAAUAACUCCUGUUAAACCAUUUAAACUCAGCUCAGACACCAUCUCCUCUAGGAAACAUCCCCUUCUCCUCGCCCAGGUUGAAGUAGUCAUCUUCCUAUGCACUCUCAAAGGGUAUCUUUCUAUGUUUGCUUUUAUGAUAAUCAUCCUUCCUAUCAGCCUGUGGCAGCAUAGUGGUUAAGAGCUACGACUGCUAACCAAAAGGUCGGCAGUUCGAAUCCAUCAGGCGCUCCUAGGAAACUCUAUGGGACAGUUUUACAAUGUCCUAUAGGGUUGCUGUGAGUAGGAAUCAACUUGACAGCAACAGGUAACAGGUGGGUACCAGCCUGUGAGCACCUUGAGGGCAAGGACUGUGACUGUCUUUUUUGUCUUUGUGUCUAAGAGUCAAAAAAAAAAAAAAUACUGAAAGAAAUAACCAUUCUGAUGAGCACAUUCAUUCAACAAAUAUUUAUUGACGUCCUCCUAUGUGCUGGACGCUGUGCUAGGUCCUGGAGUACAUUGCAUACACAGCGGUACAGCCCUUCAUUUCAUGGACCUUACGGGCAAGCAGUGAAGCAGUGGUGGCUUAGUGGUGGAAUUCUCACCUUCUGUGCAGGAGUCCCGGGUUCUAUUUCUGGCCAGUGCACCCCAUGGCCAGCAUCAUCUGUCUAUCAGUGGAGGCUUGGAUGUUGCUAUGAUGCUGAAGAGGCUUCAGCAGAGCUUCUAGACUAAGACAGACUAAGAAGAAAGGCUAGAGACCUACUUCCAAAAAUCAGUCAGUGAAAACUGUGGGUCACAACAGUCUGAUCUGCAGCUGAUUGUGGGGAUGGUGUAGGACCAGUCAGCUUUUCGUUCCUUUGUCAUGGUGUUGCCGUGAGUCGGCGGCCAACCAGACGGCAGCCAACAACAAGGGCAAGCAAGGAAUACAGUAAGUCAAACAAUUAACAACAAAACAUAGUGAAUAGUAACAGAGAAGAAAUUGGAGAAAGUAUGAGAUCAUAGAGCUGGCAACCUAACAUAGUCUGAAGUCAGAGAAAGUGCUCCAUUCUCCUGAACACACAAUUUAUAUCAGAAGAGAGAGAAGCUAUGGGGCGGGCUUUGGCUACAAGAGACUUCUUUUAACAAAGGAAGAUCUUUCUGUCUGUCUAGUUCGAAGAUGACCAAUUCUUCACUAAAAAGUUCAACUUUACAAUGAUUAGAAGUUCGCACAGAUGUGUGUAUGUACAUAUCUAGUACAUGAGCACACAAGAUGGCAAAGAGAGAAAAGACUGUUUCAUUUAAUGAGCCAAAUUGAUAGCAAAGAACAGAGAAGGAAAUGUGUGUCUCGUUCAAUGUGCCAUUGCCGGAAGUUAAUUUGUUAAUAUUUUAAUAUGUAACAUACAGUAAAAGAACAUAAACAAGGCUUUGAAAACUUUGAAUUUGUACCAUAGCUUUUUUAUUGUUGUAAAAAAAAAGUAGGUAACACAGCAUUUGCCAAUUCAACGUUUGUCUCUUGUACCGCUCGAUGAAACCAAUUACAUCCAUCAUGUUGUGCAACCAUCGUCAAUGUCCAUUGCCAUGUUUUCCAUCUCUAGAAACAAAAACUCAGUGCUAACUAGACAAAGCUUUCCCUCUCUCCCCUUCCCUUCUGCCCCUGGGAACCAUUGUGUCAUAGUUUUUUUUUUUUUUAAAUAAUAUUUUAUUUAUUUAUUUAUUUUUAAAGUGUACAUGAUAAAUUAGGUUCCCAUUUGAACGAUUUUUAUACAGAUUGUUCAGUGACAUUGGUUACAUUUUUCACAAUGUGUCAACAUUCUCUUUAGUUGUGUUCUGGUUGUUCCAUUUCAGUAUUGUAGUUUCCCUGCCCUCUUAUCUUCUUAUCUUUGCUUUAGAGUACAUGUUGACCUUUUGGUCUCGUAGAUGGUUUUUUAGUAGAGCAUCAUACUUACACUUAAUACCUUUUAUUUUGUGUGCCACUCUGUUAUUUCACUAAAAGGUGAUCUCAGGGGAUAGUUUUGAUUCAAGGCUUAAAGAGUAUCUCAGCGUGAUAGUUUCAGACAGUCCUGUGGUCUCAACUGCUACAGUAACUCUGACCUUUUUUAAGAAUUUGAGUUCUGUUCUAUGUUUUUCUCCCAUCCUAUCCAGGACCAUCUACUGUGACCCUGGUCAGAACAGUCAAUAGUGGUAGCUGCACACCAUCUAGUUCUCCUGGUCUCAGGGUAGAUGAGACCUCUAUCAUAGCUUUUUGUAAAAAUGAAUUUUUAGAAUCUGAUUGUUAUGGCCUAAGAGGCCCUUGACAGAUUUGCCUUUGGGUUUUAUUGUAUGAGACCGUAGUUGAAGCACCUUUGCUCAGUGUCUGCUCUUGCUUUUCAUCAUCUUUUCACGUCACUUUCUUGGCCCUGGGUGAGAGAGAGGUAUUGCAGUUUGUAGCCUCCACCUGGCUUAGUGGCUCCUGCUGUCUUUUUUUCUGCUUUUCUGGUAGGUUCUAGGUCUUGUAUUACUUCUGUACCUGCUUAUUUCUCCUAGUCAGUCGUCAGCUUGUUUCUGGGCAGGAUUGUGACUUCUCGUUUUUUUAAUCUUUGAAUCUUCCGCAGCUCUUCCACUGCAGUGGUGUUGCACUAAGUAAAUUAAUACAUUAAAAAAAAAGUUGCCAUCAAGUCAGUUCCAACUCUUGCUGACCCAUAUGUUGCAGAGUAGGAUUGAGCUUCCUGGCAUUUUCAUGGUUGUAACCUUUCAGAAGCAGAUCGCCAGGCCUUUCUUCAGAAGUGUCUCUGAGUAGGUUCAAACCACCAACAUUCCAGUUAGUAGCUGAGUAUUUAACUAUUUGCACCAUCCAGGGACUUCAGAUAAGUCCCUAAAUCUAGCAUCUGAAUUGAGGGGUGAUCCUUGGGUUGAGAAAGUAGUAACCAGAUGUGCUUUUCUGUUGUUGUUGCUGUGUUACCGUCCUACUCACGCUGACCAUGUGUUGCAGAGUAGAACUGUGCUCCAUGGGGUUUUCAAGGCUGUGAAAUUUUGGAAGCAGAUCGCCAGGCCUGUGUUUCAAGGUGCCUCUGAAUGGAUUUGAACCGCCAACCUUUCCGCUGGUAGUCGAGUGCUUAACCCAGGGACUCCACGUCCUUUUCUAGCAAUUGGUUUUUCCUGAUGAUGUGUCCAAAAUAAGCAAGCUGAAGUCCCACCAUUCUGACUUCUAAGGAGCAUUUUGGUUGCAUUUCUCCUAAGACUGAUUUGUUUGUUCUUCUGGCAGUCCACGGUAUAUUCAAAUAUAACUCAGACUUGAAGUGUGACUUUAUUCACUUAUUUUUUUAUUGUGCUUUAGGUGAAAGUUUACAGCUCAAGUUAAUUUCUCAUUCAAAAACGUAUACACACAUUGUUUUGUGACAUUAGCUGCAGUCCCCACAAUGUGACAGCGCACUCCCGCUUUCCACCCUGGGUUCCCUGUGUACAUUGGACCAGUUCCCGUCCCUUCCUGCCUUCUCAUCCUGCUAUUGUACAAGAGCUGCCCAUUGGGUCUUGUCUAUCUGUUUGAACCGAGAAACAUGUUUCUCACGUGUAUUAUUUUUUGUUUUAUAGUCCUGUCUAAUCUUUGUCUGAAGAGUGGGCUUCGGGAAUGGUUUCAGUUCUAGGUUAACAGCAUGUCCUGGGGCCAUAGUUUUGGGGGUUCUUCCAGUCUCUGUCAGACCAUUAAGUCUAACCUUUUUACAUGAAUUUGAGGUCUGUUCUGCAUUUUUCUCCUGCUCUACCUGGGACUUUCUAUUGUAUUCCCUGUCAGUUCUUCUGGUUCUAAUUCUAGUUCUUCUGGUCUCGGGCUGGUGGAAUCCCUGGUGCAUUUGGUCCUUUAGUCCUUUGGGCUAGUAUUUUCCAUGUGUCUUUGUUUUUCUUCAUUCUCCUUUGCUCCAAGUGUGAUAGGACCAAUUGAUGUAUCUUGGAUGGCUUUUCACAAGCUUCUAAGACCCCAGAUACCACUCACGAAAGUGGGAUAUAGAACAUUUUCUUUAUAAUCUUUGUUAUGCUAACUGACCUAGAUGUUCCCUAAAACUGUGGUCCCCAGGCCCCAGCUACUCGGUCCCUCAAAGUGUUUGGAUGUGUCCAGGAAAGUGCUUUUGCUUUGGUCCACAUGUGCUGACUUCCCUAGUAUUGUGUGUUGUUCUUCCCUUCACCAAAGUUGAUUCUUGUCUACUAUCUAGUUAGUGAUUUUCUGUCCCCCUCCCUCCCCACCCUCAUAAACAUCAAAGAAUGCUUUUUUCUGUGUUUAAACCUUUCCUUGAGUUCUUAUAAUAGUAGUCUGAUACGAUAUUUGUCCUUUUGUAACUGAGUUACUUCACUCAGCAUAGAGCCCUCCAGAUUCAUCGAUGUUGUGAGAUGUUUCACGACUCAUCACUGUUGUUCAUCAUUGCAUAGUACUCCAUUGUGUGUAUGUACCAUAAUUUGUUUAUCCAUUUGUCUGUUGAUGUGCAUUUAGGUUGUUUCCAUCUUUUCGCUAUUGUGAAUAGUACUGCAGUGAACACGGGUGUGCAUAUGUUUAUUCAUGCGACAGCUCUUAUUUCUUUAGGAUAUAUUCCUAGGAGUAGGAUUGCUGGAAUGUAUGGUUUUUUUAUUUCUAGCUUUUUAAGAAAGUGCCGUAUCAUUUUCCAAGGUGGUUGUACCAUUUUGCAUUCCCACUAGCAAGUGCAUAAGAGUUCCAAUUUCUCCACAACCUCUCCAGCAUUUGUUAUUUUGUGCUUUUUGAAUCAGUGCCAGCCUUGUUGGGGUGAGGUGGUGUCCCAUUGUAGUUUUGAUUUGCAUUUCUCUAAUGGCUAGUUAUCCUAAGCAUUUCCUUAUGUGUCUGUUAGCCAUCUGAAUGUCUUCUUUGGUGAAGUGUUCAUAUCUUUUGCCCAUUUUUUAAUUGGAUUAUGUGCUUUUUGUUGUUGAGGUGUUGCAGUAUCUUGUAGAUUUUAGAGAUUAGACCCUUAUCAGAUAAUGUUGUAGCCAAAAGUUUUUUUCCCAGUCUGUAGGUUCUCUUUUUACUCUUUCAGCGAAGUCUUUUGAUGACCAUAAGUGUUUGAUUUUUAGGAGCUCCCAGUUAUCUAGUUUCUUUUCUGGUGUUUGUGCAUUGUUUGUUAUGGCUUAUAUUCUGUUUAUGCCAUGUAUUAGGGCUCCUAGCAUUGUCCCUAUUUUUCCUUCCAUGAUCAUUAUUGUUUUAGAUUUUGUAUUUAGUUUGAGUUUGUUUUUGUGCAUGGUGUGAGGUAUGGGUCCUAUCUGAUUUUUUUGGAGAUGAAUAUUCAAUUAUGCCAGCACCAUUUGUUAAAGACACUGUCUUUUCCCCAUUUAAUGGGUUUUGGGCCUUCGUCAAAUAUCAGCUGCUUAUAGUUGGAUGGAUUUACUUAAGGGUUCUCAACUCUGUUCCUUUGGCCUAUGUGUCUGUUGUACCAGUACCAGGCUGUUUUGACUACCGUGGCGGUAUUAAAAAAAAAAAAAAGCCAAACCCGACUCACAGUGACCUUACCCUGCCUCGUAGAGUUUCCAAGAGCACCUGGUGAAUUCGAACUGCUGACUUUUUGGUUAGCAGCUGUAGCUCGUAACCACUACGCCACCAGGGUUUCCUGUGGCGGUAUAAUAGGUUCUAAAAUCAGAUAGUGUUAGGCCUCCUCCCCCUUUGUUCUUCUUUGUUGGUAAUGCUUUACUUCUCAGGGGCCUCUUCCCUUUGAAGUGUGACUUUAAGUGAACAGACAUGAUUGCCUAUAAUGACAAUUUGCUAUGUAUUCACACCUUUCCUCUGAUCAUUUGACACAUUCCUUGGUUUAUUUCAAGUAUAAAUUGACUUAAUUUCUAAUUUUCGCCUUGCUUUUCUGUAAAUAUUGCCUGUAAGGGGUAUAUGAAUGGCAUGGAAAUAAUUCUAGACAUUUGGUCUUAAAUUUUCUAGCUUGAAGUUUGUUCAUUGCUGAAGUGUAGCCACCAUGAAUCUAGUUGAAUACUUUAUUAGUUGGGAAUUAGUUCAACUUUCAUGUUUUCAUGAAUUAUUUGAAUUUUUUUUUAUAAAAGGCUAUGAUGGUGGAAUAAAAUAUUUUCUCUUUUUGAAACUGCAGAACCCUUUAGCGGCAAAUGCUCAUUCCUUAAGUAAUCAAACUUACAGCGUUAGUUCACCCAAAAAGAUUAACACUUGGUAGAGGAAAAUUCCUUUUUGUAGACAUAUGUUUGUUCUGGUUUAAUUGGAAAAUCUCUCAGGUUGUUAAUUGUCCUUGGCUGAAACUUAGAGUGCCAUGGACGUUUUCUACUUUCUGUUGACAUCUAAAUCCUCUAUCUACCACAGUUAACAGAAAGGGAAACUUACAAAAAGUAUUUUCAUUUUUUAUCUUUUCAGCUAAUCCUAGUAAUAAAAAAAAAAAACAAAUAAUGUGUUCUGAUUGUUCCCCUCAUUUUUGGCAGAGUUAAUAUGUCUAAAAUAGUAUCUUAUUUUUUAUUUACAUUUCUCUCAUUAGAAGCAGAUAAUGAAUAUCUUUUAAAAAAUGUCUUAUCUCCAGUGAAUUGUCUAAGUAUUUUGCCCAGCAUUUUCUUUUCAUGUUAUUUUUUUCAGUUGGAAUUAUCUCUUCAUAUAAUAUUAUUGUUCACCUACAUAAUAAUGUCUACUGGAAACCCAGGUGGCGUAGUGGUUGAAAGUUGGGCUGUUAACCAAAAGGUCGGCAGUUCGAAUCUACCAGGCGCUUCUUGGAAACCCUACGGGGCAGUUCUACUCUGUCCUAUACGGUCAUUAUGAGUCGUAAUCAACUUGAUGGCAACGGGUUUGGUUUUUAUUUAUUUAUUUUUGGUUUAAUAUUAUAUUAAAAUAUAAUCAUAAUAUAUACUCAACAGCAAGUAAAAAUGAAAGUGUAUUUAAAAUUGUAUGCAUUUCAUGGUUGCUUGGAUACCGUAAAAAUGGUGUGGGGGCGGAUCUGACCUCCUCUAACUUCACAAGGGGGAUGGAGAAUCAAGAUCAACUGCCCAAGGCUGAUCUCUAUGAGGUGGAGGUCAGACAUGCUGUCAUGGAAUUGAAUUAAGUCCCCCCAAAAAUGUGUGUAUCAAUUUGGCUGGGCCUUGAUUCCCAGUGGUGGGUGAUACCCAGUAUUGUGUGACUGUAAUUUUGUGGUUGUAAUCUUUUGUAUCCCCUUGUUCUGUCUGAACAAUUGCCUCUGGAUCUAUGUACAGGUUCCUCAUGAGCACAAUUAAGUGUUCCGGAAUUCCCAUUCUUCUCAAUGUUAUCCAUAAUUUGUCAUGAUCCACACAGUCGAAUUCCAUUGCACAGUCAAUAAAACACAGGUAAACAUCCUUCUGGUAUUCUCUACUUUCAGCCAGGAUGCAUCUGAGAUCAGCAAUGAUAUCCCUGGUUCCACGUCCUCUUCGGACACCAGCCUGAAUUUCUGGCAGUUUCCUGUCUAUAUACUGCUGCAGCCGCUUUUGAAUGAUCUCCCGCAAAAUUCUGCUAGCAUGUGAUAUUAUUGAUAUUGUUCGAUAGUUUCUGCAUUUGGUUGGACCACCUUUCUUGGGAAGAGGAAUAAAUAUGGAUCUCUUCCAGUCAGUUGGCCACAUAGCUGUCUUCCAAAUUUCUUGGCAUAGACAAGUGAGCGCUUCCAGCGCUGUGUCAGUUUGUUGAAACAUCUCAGUUGAUAUUCCGUCAAUUCCUGGAGCCUUGUUUUUCGCUGAUGCCUUCAGUGCAGUUUGAACCUCUUUCUUUGGUACCAUCGGUUCCUGAUCAUAUGCAGUUCUUGGAAUGGUUGAACAUUGACUAAUCCUUUUUGGUAUAAAAAAAAAAAAACGUAUAAUGUAUAAUGACUCUGUAUUCCUUCCAUCUUGUUUUGAUGCUUCCUGUGUUGUUUAAUAGUGAAGGAUUCCCGUAGAAUUCUUCACUAUUGCAUCUCGAGGCUUGAAUUUUUCUUCACCUCUUUCAGCUUGAGAAACGCUGAGUGUGUUCUUCCCCUUUAGUUUUCUAUCUCCAGCUCUUUGCACGUGUCAUAACGAUACUUAAUUUUCUUCUCGAGUCACCCUUUGAAAUCUUCUGUUCAGUUCUUUUACUUCAUCAUUUCUUCCUUUUGUUUAAGCUGCUCGAUGUUCCAGAGUCUCAUCUGACAUCUAUUUUGGUCUUUUCUUUCUUUCCUGUCUUUUCAAUGACCUCUUGCUUUCUUCAUGUAUAAUGUCCUUGAUGUCAUUCCACAACUUGCCUGGUCUUCGGUCAUUAGUGUUCAGCACAUCAAAUCUAUUCUUGAGAUGGUCUCUAAAUUCAGGUGGGAUAUACUCAAGGUUGUAUUUUGACUCUCGUGGACUUGCUCUGAUUUUCUUCAGUUUCAACUUGAACUUGCAUGUGAGCAAUUGAUGGUCUGUUCCACCAUCGGCCCCUGGCCUUUUUCUGACUGAUGAUAUCGAGCUUUUCCAUUGUCUCUUUCCACAGAUGUAGUCCAUUUGAUUCCUGUGUAUUCCAUCUGGAGAGGCCCAUGUGUAUAGUCGUCGUUGAUGUUGGUUAAAAAAGGUAUUUGCAGUGAAGUAGUCAUUGGUCUUGCAAAGUUCUAUCAUUUGAUCUCCAACAUUGUUUGUAUCACCAAGGCCAUAUUUUCCAACUACCAAUCCUUCUUGUUUCCAACUUUUGCAUUCCAAUCACCAGUAAUUAUCAAUGCGUCCUGACUGCACGUUUGAACAAUUUCAGACUGAAGAAGCUGAUAAAAAUCUUCAAUUUCUUCAUCUUUGGCCUUAGUGGUUGGUGUGUACAUUUCAAUAAUAGUGAUAUUAACUGGUCUUCCUUGUAGGCAUAUGGAUAUUAUCCUAUCACUGAUAGCAUUGUUCUUCAGGAUACAUCUAGAAAUGUUGUUUUUGAUGAUGGAUGCAACACCAUUCCUCUUCAAGUUGUCAUUCCCAGCAUAGUAGACUAUUUGAUUGUCUGAUUGAAAAUGGCCAAUACCAGUGCUUUUCAGCUUACUAAUGCCUAGGAUAUCAAUGUUUAUGCAUUCCAUUUCAUUUUUAUUUGUUGUUGUUGUUAGGUGCCGUUGAGUUGGCUCCAACUCAUAGCAACCCUAUGCACAACAGAACAAAACACUGCCCGGUCCUGCGCCAUCCUUAACAAUUGUUGUUAUACUUGAGCCCAUUGUUGCAGCCACUGUGUCAAUUUUCCUAGAUUCAUACUUUGUACAUUCCAAGUUCCAGUUAUUAAUGGAUGUUUGCAGCUGUUUCUUCUCAUUUUGAGUCAUGUCACAUCAGCAAAUGAAGGUCCUGAAAGCUUUACUCCAUCCACAUCAUUAAAGUUGACUCUACUUUGAGGAGACAGCUCUUCCCCAGUCGUCUUUUGAGUGCCUUCCAACCUGGGAGUCUCACCUUCUGGCACUAUGUCAGAGAAUGUUACGCUACUAUUCGUAAGGUUUUCACUGGCCAAUUCUUUUCAGAGGUAGACUACCGGGUCCCUCUUUCUUAUCUGUCUUAGUUUGGAAGCUCCGCUGAAACCUGUCCGCCAUGGGUGACCCUCCUGGUAUUUGAAUUCCGGAGGCAUAACUUCCAGCAUCACAGGAACACACAAGCCCCCACAGUACGACAAACUGAUAGACAUGUGGGGGGGAUUGAAUUAUGUCCCCCCCAAAAAAUGUGUGUCAAUUUGGCUAGGCCAUAAUUCCCAGUAUUGUGUGGUUGUCCUCCAUUUUGUGAUUAUAAUUUUAUGUUAAAGAGGAUUCGGGUGGGAUUGUAACACCCUUACUAAGGACACAUCCCUGAUUCAGUGUAAAGAAAGUUUCCCUGGGUUGUGGCCUGUACCACCUUUUAUCUUACAAGAGAUAAAAGGGAAGCAAGCAGAGAGGGAGGACCUCAUACCACCAAGAAAGCAGUGGUGGGAGCAGAACGCAUCCUUUGGACCCAGGGUCCCUGUGUGGAGAAGCUCCUAGUCUGGGGGAAGAUUGAUGAGAGGCCGACAGAGUGAGAAAGCCUUCCCCUGGAGCUGCCGCCCUGAAUUUGAACUUUUAGCCUACUUUACUGUGAGGAAAUAAACUUCUCUUUGUUAAAGGCAUCCACUCGAGGUAUUUCUGUUACAGUAGCCCUAGAUGACUAAGACUUAUGCCUUGUCUCUCCGCCAUCUUUAUCAAUUCUGACACCUACUGUCCUUCUCACGGCACUCUCUAGUUCUUUGCUGAUUUCAAUAGUUCAUUGCAGUAGCCACACAGAACUCAUAGACAAUAUUCACGAUUAUGGGGUUUGUUAGGGAAGUAACAGGUUACAAUUCAGGUUCAGGAAUGCUCAGGCUAUAGUUCUUCUAUCCGGACAGCCUCUUCCCAGAUGUUUUCAUAGGCACACCCCUCUCUGGCUCUCGGCCUCUGUUCUGCCUGGGCAAGUGUUGCAAAGCUCUUUUAGCUCUGCUGAUAAGUGCCCAGAGGCACCCACUCUGCCAGUAAUUCUCAGCCCAACGGCACUCAGCUCUCUUGCUGUGUAGGUCCAGAAGCCCACGGCACCAUCUCCUGCUGUUCUCUCCUGCUGCUGCUUCUCUGCCACCACUUCUUGCCAUCUUCAUUGUUACAGCUCUCUAUCUCCUGGUUCCAGGAGCUUCUCAAUGCAGGGAUCCUGGGUCCCAAGGACAUGCUCUGCUCUUGGCUCUCCUUCCUUGGCAGUGGUGGGAUCCUCUCUUUUCCACCUCUGGGAUGGCUCAUUUCAACCCCAGCAGGAUGGCAAAACUGACCAAUCCCCUUGGUGGGUGACAAUUACCAUAUUUGCACAGUCCCACCCAAUCACUUGGGUGGGAGUUACAAGACCAUGGUGAGAAAGGCCACACAAAAGUGAUCAAUCACACCACACAUACUGAUAGUCUUUUCAUAAGAGAAUAAAUAAAGUUAUUCUUUAGCUAUAAAAUUUUCUGUAAUUUUGGAUAGAUAGGAAGAUAUUCAUUGAUUCCUAUUAUGAACAUUACCAAUACCACUGCAAAGAUGUAGCAUCCCUUUUGUCCAAUAUAGAAGCUCAUAUAUAAAGGAAAAUUUAAUUUCUGUUAAUUGUAAAAGGUCUGUAAGAUAUUUUUUUCUUUAGACACUUUAGGUGUCAAAUCUGUAUAGCACUAAACAGCACAAUUGCUACCUGGAACAGGUUAAAUUGGGGUAAAUGUAUAAGAAAUUUGAUCAUUACUGCUUCUUAGUUUGUUAGUUUUGCAAGGAGGUAUUGUUUGUCUUCUUUGAUACCGUAAUGUAAAAUAUUCGCUUUGAAAUUUUUAAAAUGCUCAUUAUAAUAAGUGACUUUGUUUUCUUGACCCCCUUUUAUACAGUAAAUGCAAGGCUUCUAGCUCAUACUUUUCUGAGGUUCUGAGUGAAUAUGUUGUUUUUGUUGUUAGGUGCUGUUGAGUCGGUUCCAAUUCAUAGUGACCCUAAGUGCAACAGAAUGAAACACUGCCUGGUCCUGGGCAGUCCUCACAAUCGUUGUUAUGCUUGAGCCCAUUGUUGCAGUCACUGUGUCAAUCCAUCCCUUUGAGGGUCAUCCUCUUUUUCACUGACUCUCUACAUCAUCUGAGUGAAUAUAGGGUAUUAAUAUUAUGUCACUUGAGUUAUAUGAAUAAUAUAGAAACUGAUAAUAGAAUAGUCAUUUGGUUUUAUAGAAUAAUUUUGGAUCACGUGGUCUGCCAUGUUUCCUGAGGAGUAAUACUUGUAUCUUGAAUAAACUACUUGGUGAAAUAGACUGAUUAUGGAUGCCAGUAGUUUAAAAUAGUAAUUCCUAAUACUGUGUUUGUAAAAUAACUUUAAAACUUACAAAAUGUUGUCACAUACAUUACUGUGAGGUGUGGAAUCACCUUGCAGAAAAUAAUUUGGCCUUUUUUUCUUGUUUCUUUCAAGCUAAACCACACCUGAUGCUAAUGAAUGGGGGCUGACCAAACCAAGAAGGACCAGCCAGGGGCUUGAUACUGACUAAGCCUCAGGAGGCAUGAUGAAAUCUAUCAUGGCCUAAUGGCAAAAUGAAGGACAGGCUAGCAGAAAUCCUGGAGCGUUCCAAGCACUAUGACCAACAGUUCCCAGAUGGGGAUGAUGACGAUGACUCGCCCUACGUGGACAUCGUGUUCGAGACGGAUCACAUCCUGGAGUCCUUGUACCGAGAAAUCCAGGACCUUCAGAAUGAAAACCGGCAGCUGAUGGCCGACGUGAAGCGGCUGGGGAAGCAGAACACCCGCUUCCUCACUUCCAUGCGGCGCCUCAGCAGCAUCAAGCGUGACACCAACUCGAUCGCCAAGGACAUUAAGGCGCGGGGCCAGGCCAUCCACCACAAGCUGCUCGCCCUGAAGGCGCAGAGCGAGGCGGCCGAGGCCCAGCACGGCGCGCACUCGGCCGUGGCGCGCAUCUUCAGGGCGCAGUACAGCGCGCUCACCCGCGCCUUCCACCACGCCAUGCACGAGUACAACCAGGCCGAGAUGAAGCAGCGCGCCAACUGCAAGAUCCGCAUCCAGCGCCAGCUCGAGAUCGUCGGCAAGGACGUCUUGGGCGACCAGAUGGAGGAAAUGUUGGAGCAGGGCAGGUGGGACGUUUUCUCCGAGAACCUGCUGGCUGACGUAAAGGGUGCGCGGGCGGCGCUCAGCGAGAUUGAGAACCGCCACCAGGAGCUUCAGCGGCUGGAGAAGCGCAUCCGCGACGUGCAUGAGCUCUUCCUGCAGAUGGCGGUGCUGGUGGAGGAGCAGUCUGAAACGCUGAACGUCAUCGAGCAAAACGUGCUCAAGACCGUUGACUACACUGGUAAGGCCAAGGGAGAAGUGCGCAAGGCCUUGCAGUACAAGAAAAAGAACCCCUGUCGGACCGUGUGCUGCUUUUGCUGCCCCUGCCUCAAAUAGCGGUCCGCGGAAGCUACCCCAGCUCUGGGAGCAGGCCGGAAGCACAAGGGGGAAAGCCUGCCAAAGGCAAGGCCCACAGGACUGCUUCUGACUUCAGUCUUGGGGGAGAGAAGACAGGUGAAGUUCAGGAUUCCACGCGAGCUGUGCCUGGAAAGAUGCUGAUGCUGUCAUUGUUUCUUCAGCAAGGACAAACUCCUGCUUAAGUUGCGUGAGGUGAUCGGGUGACACAUUUGCACUCUUGCCCUCUUAACGGAAGCCAAAUAAGGAACUGACGUUUUGACCUCCUGUAGGCCAAGCAUGUGUCCAAAUCUAAAGAAAAUUUAGGAGGAAGUCAGUUCCGCACCCCUAGUAGUGAGAACUCAUUAGCAAAACAUCAAUUCCUGCACCCUGUGCUAAAGCUUCCUUGGAGUUCCUGGGUGGUGCGAACAGUUAACGCACUGGGCAGCUAACUGAAAGUGCUUACUGGUUGGAGGCUUCAGUCCACCAGAGGCACCUUGGAAGAAAGCCCUGGUCAUCUACUUGUGAACAAGCAGCUUUUGAAAAUCCUAUAGAGCACAGUUCUAACCUGACAAACACCGGGUCGCCAUGAGUCAGAAUUGACUGGAUGGCACCUGGCUUGGUUUUUUUUUUUUUUUUUUUUUUUAAAGCUUCCUUGGUUCUGUUCCAUUUCUAGUGAAAUUGAACACAAACAAAUUGAAUACAAACAAAAUUCAUCUUGUUUGUGUUGUGACUCCCAGCCUAAAGUAUACCUUCUUUCUGCUUACUCCCUCCUCCCCUUUCUUUAAUCACAUUAAACCCUCAUUAUUUCCUCAUCUCUUUCACUAUUAAUAAUCUUCCACCAGAAUAUAUUCUGGGAUUUUUUUCCAAAUAUUUUUAAGCACUGAGUAUUGAAAAAGCACUCCAGUUGAAGUAUGUAUCAGUCACAUUUUAUAUAUUUUUCAUAGAUAAAAAAAUAAUUUAAAAUUGACCUUUUUACUUGUUUAUUGUAUAUACACAUAUAUGUGGAAGUGUAAGAUACUAAUAUUCACUAAUGCAUGGCCAUAAUAACCAUUUGGUUUCCUUUAAUUUUGUAAGUGAUAGAUAUCAAGAAAGAUCGAUACCUUUUUUUGGUUAUUGGUAUUGACUUGCUUGUUUUGAGCUUAUCUCACUCCAGUUUUUGCAUUUCCAUAGUCCAGUUUGGGUUAAAACUUUAUUUUGAACAACUCUGUGCUGGUUACGGUGGUAAAGACAGGUGUUGAAGGCUGAAAAGGUAUAGAACUAGAGAUCAUAAAAUCAUGUUCUUGGAAAUAGGACUUUUUCUUUAUUGUGGACCAUUCCUUUCAUGUCUUGAAAUGAGUCAUUUAAAAUAAAAGAAUCCUGUUUUUCAAGAAGGCUUAAUAAACAUUACAUUUUAAAUAUCCCUUAUUUGUACAUAUGUGUCAGUGUCCUGACCAUUUAAAUCUCUUACUAUUUCCAUUCUUAAAAAAUGUUUAUUACUAGCUGUUUCAUGCUACAACAUUUGGAUGGAACUCUUGAGUUAAGAAAAAAAACUUCAAACUGAAAGAAUUCACAUGAGGAAGCUUCCCUUUCUUUCCUGAGUUACCAUAAAAAAAAAAAACAUAGUUUACCAAAAUCUUCAGGUCUUAGAAAUUUGGUUUCCUUUGCAGACUUUGUAAUGCUCUUGCCCAUGUUUCCUGCCUUUUCUACUCAUUAUGUAAAUAAUCACGGAGUCUAACAGUCAUACUCUCAGAGCCUUCAGAAGGUGAAAUUUUAAAAGGAGUAGAAAGGAGAGUACGUCAACUCUCUGGGACUGAGUCACUGACUAACCUACUUAUGACCAUGAAAAUCCAGACCUAAUUUUAAUUUCAUGGCUAAAUAUGAGAAAUUUGGAAACCAAGUCACACCAGAUUCUUCUCAGAUUUCUUUCGCAGCAAACUCCAGGGAUAUGUUUCAACUUUGACUUCAUUCCCUUUCCCAAAAAAAGAAAAGUCUUCACAAAGCUACAUUGCCAUAUCUUUCAUGGUAGAAAGAUGUUAUUAGAGACCGUCAGUUAGUUGCAGCAACAGUUCAUGAAUCUGACUUGUUUAAAUACAUAAAGCAUGUUCUUUGCUUGUUGUUAGGUGCCACCGAGUCGGUUCUGACUCAUACCGAUGCUGUAUACAACAGAAUAAAACACUGCCCAGUCCUGCGCUAUCCUCACAAUUGUUAUGCUUGAGCCCACUGUUGCAGGCACUGUGUCAGUCCAUCUCGUUGAGGGUCUUCCCCUUUUUUGCUGACCCUGUACUUGACCAAGCAUGAUGUCCUUCUCCAGGGACUGGUUCCUCCUGUUAACAUGUCCAAAGUAUGUAAGACAAAAGUCUCGCCAUCCUUGCUUCUAAGGAGCAUUCUGGCUGUAUUUUUUCCAGUUCAUUCUUCUGGCAGCCCAUGGUAUAUUCAGUGUUCUUCACCAACACCAUAAUUCAAAUGCAUCAAUUCUUCAAUCUUCCUUAUUUACUGUCCAGCUUUCACAUGCAUGUGAGGCAAUCGAAAAUACCAUGGCUUGGGUCAGGUGCACCUUGGUCCUAAAGGUGACAUCUUUGCUUUUUAACACUUUAAAGAGGUCUUUUGCAGCAGAUUUGCCCAAUGCAGUGUGUUGUUUGAUUUCUUGACUGCUGCUUCCUUGGGUGUUGAUUGUGGAUCCAAGUAAAAUGAAAUCCUUGACAACUUCAAUCUUUUCUCCAUUUAUCAUGGUUUUGCUUAUUGGUCCAGUGGUGAGCAUUUUUGCUUUCCUUAUGUUGAGGUGUAAUCCAUACUGAAGGCUAUAGUCUUUGAUCUUCAUCCGUAAGUGCUUCAAGUCCUCUGCACUUUCAGAAAACAAGGUUGUGUCAUCUGCAUAACACAGGUUGUUAAUGAGACUUCCUCCAAUCCCGAUGCUGCGUUACUAUAUAGUCCAGCUUCUUGAAAGCUUCUUUGCUUAGACUCAUUCUUAAAAGUAAAUGAGUGUGCAGGCUCUGUAUAUUCCUUAAUUUCCCACAUUUUAAACUGAGAAUUAGGUCAAAACAAAACUGUACUUUGUGUACUGUUACCCGAUUAGGGUCCGUGCCCUGGAGCAGUCGAGCCAAUGAAACAUACUCCAAGUCAGAAAGAUUAAGGAGAUGUGUAUAUCACCAGGGACUCAGCAGCAACACAGGCUGUCUCUGUGGAGUCCCAAAGAGCAGUUUUACAUUAGAGCUUACAAGGGUUACAAGUGUCUUUGUAGUCCCCUGCCAGACAUUUCUUUAUUAGGCUAAAGACAUACAUAUCUGAUACCUGGGCUCCAACUUUCCUGUGGGGGUUGUAUGCCACAGGUAGUCCCGCCAGAACAAAAGAUUAUUUGCAUCGGUUUAAAACAGAGAACAAAGUCAUUAACAUUUGGUCAAAACAAAGUCACUAACACAGGUAUGUGAGGAGGCAGGCAGAGGAAGAACAACUGAUAGGUUUAUCAUGGCCUUAGUUAUGAUAAGCUCUCAGUUGCCCGUUUUGAAAAAGAAAACAUGCUGGGUGGUAUUGGGGUCACAUGUACUAAUUAGCAAACUCUUGUCUAUGAGAGGGCAAGAAUUUUUUUCCUGCUUUUUCUCAACCAUAUAAUGUGGCAUAGUGGUUAAGAGCAGAGAUUCUAGACCCCCUUGCUAGGUUUAAACCCUGACUCUGCCACAUGCUAGCUGUAUGAUGUGGGCAAGCUACUUAACGUAAUAUCUCUGUGCCUCAGUUCCCUCAUCUAUGUUGUUAUUGUUAGUUGCUGUUGAGUGGCCCUGACUCAUGGUGACGUUAUGUAUAGCAGAACAAAAUAUAGCCUGAUCCUGUGCCAUCCUCAUAAUGGUUGUAUGUUUCAGUCCACUGUUGCAGCUACUGCUUUCACUGACCCUCCACCUGACCAGACAUGAUGCCCGUUUCUAGCAAUUGGUCUUUCCUGAUGAUGUUUCCAAAGUAAGGAGGACAAAGUCUUGCCAUCUUUGCUUCUAAGAAGCAUUCUGGCUCCUCAUCUAAUGCCGAUAAUAGCACCCACCUCACAGUUAUGAGACAUAAAUGAUUAUAUAAACGCACUUAAAACUGUGUCUGGCACGUGCAAAGUGCUAUGAUCAUUACUGUUAUUUCAUAGCUUUCUCUUAGGCUGAGAGAGCUCUUUGUGACCCGAGUAAAUUAACAGUUAUUAAGUUCUGAGGAAAAAUAAAUGUUUAUCCUGUGAAUAGAAUAGUCUUUAAUAAAACUGAAUAAAGAAACCAAGAGCACAUCUUCUUUGGUAGGGCUAACCUUUGCUAAGGUUGUUUCUGUCUUUUUCUACAUUGAUGAAACUGUUUUCACCAUGGCAUUUCUAUUCCUUCUUACAUCCAAAGAUUUUCUGAAGAAGAAAUGUUCCGCUCAAAAAAAAAAACCAGAGUUAAGCAGGCAGUAGCUUUUCUGCUCAAUGAGUUAAUUUGGCAAGUGCUUUCACUUGGGGUGUUUCCCAGCCUGUGAGUCAGAAAGGCCUAGAGGAAUUUGGGGAAUCUAGAGGGAAUUCUGGCCAGGUCACAAAAAAGCUAAAGGAAAAGUCAUCAGCUGACUUUUCCCACAUCCUGCCCUACCCUCCAAAGCCCUUCCUGGUGCUGGCUGCCAUGACAAAAAAUGGAUGGAAUGCUGGCUUUUUUCCUUUGGAAAGGGUACUCCAGUGCUACUGUGAGACACGGUAGAGCAGACUUCACCUCGUUCCACAAUGCUCAACUGGCAAACUCCAAAAGGUGACUUGGGCAAGGGAAGGACUCGUGUCACAUCUGGGUCAGGGCUUAAAUUUGGGUCGAGGCUUAAGUAUCAUUUAGUGUACAAAAGGAAAGAACCAAUCACAAAGAACAACAGAUCUUUCAGGGGCUGAAGACAGAAAUCUUUUAAAAGUAUUUUAUCACAUACAGUGACUGCUUCCGACUAGUCAAAUACCCAGCAUUACAGCCACAGUAACAGAUUAUACUUGGCGACAGCUCUGGAAAUAUAAGUAAGAAAGGGGCUCACCUAAGAUGCAUUGGUAUCCAGUAUGAGUUAGAAUUUUUUAUAAGCCUAUCAAUAAUUUUAAAAUGUUUGAACAGUGACAUCAUGGGAAUAAAUUUAUAGCCUCCCAAAAUAACUACUUGGAUGAAGAACAGAACUCUUUUUGUACCAAUACCUUUAUUUUUAUUUAAAAACUGCCCCAAUGCUUUAUAUUUGCAAACCAUUUGCAAAUAUUAUGUAGACUCUAAAGUUCUGUCUAGACAGGAAAUUAACCAAAGACUAUGCACAACCUAAAAAUACUAAAAUAGGGUAGUAACAAAAUAGGGUCUUGGUUUUUAUGUAUAAACUCAUCCAUUCUACUUUCUACCAUCAGCCAUAUUUCUGUUUCUCUCUUUGAAAUAUGCAAAGUAUCUCCACCUGGAGCAUGCAAUUCACUCAACUUGUAAUCAAGAUGAUAGUUUGGAAUGCCCAGUUGUAAUAAGAGUAACAGUUGAUUUGCUUUUGUUUGAUAGGAGAACUGAAAGUAAUUGCAAUUAAUAAAAUGGGGCUGUUGGAAAUGGAAAAUGAAUAGGAUCUAGAAUGUAACUUCAUCAUCAUAUAGAUAUUGAGCUUCUUUAUUAUCAGCACAUGUUAUAAAGAAUGGGUAAGAUGUCCUCAUACACAGGAAGCUUUUGUUGUAAAGACUGCAUAUUUACUGGUAAGAAAUGAGGCUUUCUAAAUUAAUGUCCUUGGUGAGACUACCUGUUGUUGUUAAAUACUAUCGAGUCGAUUCUGACUCAUGGCAAUGCCAAGUGUGCAGAGUAGGACUGCAUUUCCUAGGAUUUUCAAGACUGUGACCUUUUGGAAGCAGAUUGCCGGUCCUUACUUCCAAGGCACCUCUGAAUGGGUCUGAACCACCAACAAACCCACUGAUAUCCUGAAAAGUGAGGCAUGAGAGACAAGUCCUCAACACUACGAGUUUUAUAUUUUUUAUUUUAAAAGUAUAUUUUAUGCCCUAUUUUAAGUACCAUAGUUUUACUCAAAUAACGCACGCCUUUUACAUUUGUUUGCCAACCGCUCCCUCCCUUCACGAGGUAUUUUCAUAAGUGCUGCUAUGCUGGCUUUUUUUUUUUUUUACAUGCUGCUAUAAAAAAAAUUAGCGUAGCACACUGAAGAAAUACCUCUCGGGAGGAGGGAGUGGUUGGCAAACAAAUGUAGGAGGCACAUAUUACUGUGUAAAAAUAUGGUAUCCUUAGCCACUUUUUGAACUUCUUCCAUUUUUCUUAAUCUAUACCUUUAUGCAACCAACUCUUUAUACAUAUCCACCCCUCUGUAUCUCAGCAUCCUGCGUCACCAGGGCCCCAUAAUGUUCUAUAAUGACUGAAAAGUAACAGUGCAUGCAAAAUUAGAUACACACAUUAAAGCUUUUAUCCCUCUAUUUUCACAGAGUCCCAGAUAUUUGCAAGCAAUCUGUUUACUUAUCCCAAAUCAGAAAAGCACUGAAAGACAUUUUGCAGGAACAUACGUGUAAUGCAUAUGUCUCUAUGUUAGGAUCUUUGUACUUUCCCAUGCAUGCGGUGUCAGAAGUUAUGUGCCCCUUUUACCCAACACCUCCUGCAGGCUUUAUGGCAUCCACAGUUGGGAUUUGCUCUGAAUAACCAUAAAUCCAUUAUGGAACAAGGCAAGGAAGGAAGGAAAGAAUGAAUAAAGAUCCACAAACACAAUACCAAAGCUCACUGGCUGAAAAGCUGAGCAGGGCUUCAGUUUUCUAUUUUGUGGGUGGAUGGUACUCACAUCUGUUCUAUACUCAUCUUUCUUUUCCUUCAGUUUCCUUGUUUUGUCUACUGUGUGGGUGGGCUUUUACAACUUGCCUUACUUAACUCUUCACUAUAAUAUUGUAAUCAGAAUUUUGUUAUAAAAAAUAUCAAUAAACAUUUGAAUUCUUGCUUGGCUCAAACAUACCUACUAUUGUGAGGAUGGUGCAGGACCAAGCAACGUUUUGUUCUGUUAUACAUAAGGUCACUAUGAGUCAGGGCCAACUUGACGGCACCUAACAACAACCACAGUUUCUGUUCAACUCCUUCCUUUGACCUACAACCUGACUUCUGUUUGUCUGCAAGUUUUUUUUUUUUUUUUUUUUUUUCUGGCUGUCCUUUUCACCCUGACCGUCAACUUAUAUACACUUGUGAGCACUAAUCUGGAUCUGACUACACUUUCCCUGAUCUCAGCAUAGUCCUUAUUAUUCUACUUCUGGCUGCUUACACCAUACCCUUGACCAAUAGUUAUCCCAUCCCGUAAUGGUUACACGUCAAUCAGGUAGAAAGUGAUCACAAGAUAGGGCAAUGGGAGGAGCAUGGAGUGGUAGGUUCUAUAGCUCUUGAAGCUAUUUACUAUUCUAGAUCUGUACCUGAGCACUGGCUUUUUAGCUGAGACUUGGGCCUGCAUGUCCAACUGCCUAUCAAACAUCUGCAAUUAGAGGUCUCACUGGUGCGUCAAAAGCUAUAGAACCCACCAUCUUCCACUACCAGCCCAUGCUCCUCCCAUUUCCUUAUCUUGUGAUCACUUUCUACCUGAUUGACUAAACCAGCACCCUGGCAGCAGCCUCCUCCCUCUCUCCCACCGAGACUUUCCUGGAUGGAAUUCAUCCCUUUCCUUCACUUCCCUGCCAUCUCCCUAGGUCGGACAAUUGUCCUCUCUUGCCUUGAUAACUUCAGGAGCUUCUGUUGGUCUCUGGCCUCUAGUCUUGUCCUUCCCCAUCCAAUCUCUAGAUAUUAUAGUCACAGUGCUUUUUUAAAAUGCAAGUCUGAUCAUGUCAUUCAUCUGCUUAAACGUCUUUGAGAGCUACUGCUGUUGGGAUAAAAUCCCAACCCCUUGUGAUAUGUCUAAGGCUCUGUAAGAUCCAGGCCUUGCCUACUCCUUCAGCCUUACCCCUGCCAUUUUCCCUUGCAGGCUGUCUUCUUGCUCAGCUCGAGGAUUCCUGCAGGCUGUUUCUCUGACUGGGCCACUUACCUGGUCUUGCCUCCUGUGUUGAUCCAGGUCCUCUGAGAAGCAACUCCAAAAGGAAUGAAAUGAGCCACGAUUUUAUUAGGGAAAAUGCCUGUGAGAGGAAAAUAGGGAGGGAGGGAGAGAGAGAUGUGUAGUGAGUUGGAGGGAAUUCGGGGCUGAUCAAGAGAAAAGAUGGCACUAUUAGACAGCGAUAGCUGCCCAAGCUAUUUACUAGGGCCAUGGCAUUGACAGCCACAUGUAGUGGGCUGUCCCCCACAGCAGGAGGUAAGCAACAUGGGGUACAGGAAGCCACCAUGGGAGGCGGGCACAAAAAUCCAGGGAAGGGGAAAAGGGGAAAGCUUACAUGUCCCUAGCUGAUGUCCUUCUCCAGCAAGGGUUGGAGGAGUCUCUCAGGUGAGAGAGCUUCCAGGCGGCAGCACCUUAGUGUCUUUAUGAUGACAGGGUUUUCUCUUACCUAGGGCUGCCAGAUGUUGGGGGUGGUUUCACAAGAUAGGUAAAGUAGACAGAUUCUAUGAGGUUAAAAAUCUGCUUAUUUGUGCUAUUUUAAAAACAAUUGCAUAUAUAUAAAUUUCAGUUUGGUGCCAGUGGGCUUUUUUGGGCUAACAGGCUCAACUUGCUAAGAGGAAGUAAACCACUUGGGACCAAUACACAGAGGCCACCUCUGGCUCAUUUAUAUCACAAGGAGGAAGGCUAAGUGGAAAUGCUAGACUGCUGUGCUGCCUAAAAUGGCCAGGUGAGGCCAUUGGGAAGUCCUUAAAGCCAAAGCUGGCUGUCAGAAGUAUCCCGUGUCUCCCAGAAACGGGCCUGCCAUGUACAAGUACCCCUCCUGCGCUUAGUCGCUGGCUGGGGGAGGGGGAACAUGGAAGGCUUGGGUUGGGUAGAAGCAUGGAGGUGGACUGUAGAGCGCUGCAGAGGAUGCCCUCCUCAAUUUCUCCUUGCAGCUGGAGCUUGGCGAGGCGUCUUCUUAGGGGCACCAAUGUCCCCCUCUUCACUAAGCUCCAUGUGGUUUCUCUACUAGAGUGCUUUUUGAUUUUUGAGGGCAACCGCUGGCAUCUUAAUUGUUGAUGGAUCUUAGCAUAGUACCUUUUAUGUAACAGGUACCAGAAUGCUUGUGUUCCUAAUGCAGAAAUAGAGUUAGAAUUUAUUUUCUGUUGUAACAGUGACCCUGUAUACUUUUUGGGAAGUGUUUCUGUUACAGCAUAGAGCACAACCUCCUAUCUCCCCUUAAGGACAGGAUGGCCCACAGAUGGCAUGACGGGCAGGGUCCUGGAAGCAGGGGUGGGACUCGAUGAGGGGGGGGGAUUGAAGAGAAAGCUACUUGGGGAGAAGUAGAUCAUCCAAACGAAUGGUCAAUCUGAAAAUGGUAGAGCACAGAGAGAAUGAAGGUUUGAGCCACAGGGAAUAAAGGCAGAGUAAGGGCAUAUAUGUGUGUGGGUGUGCAGGCUUACUCAAACAGAGGCCGGGAUUGGAUACUGUAAGGCAAAACCUGGAAGAAAAACCACAUUAGAGGCACAGAUUCAAGCUUGGAAGCAAAGUGGUAAAUGCAAGUUUUACCUGGAAAGGAUGUUUUUUCUUUUUCCAGUCAUAUAAAAUGAAGAUUAAAAAAAAAAAAUUUUUUUUUUUGGAGACUUCUGGCCAACAUGGCCCAUAGACAGAAGCACUACACCGUCUCUCCACACCAAAGACCCGAAAAACUAAGUAAAACAGAGACGAAUGUCAUUCCUGGAACCCAAAGUGUCAAAUGAAGAGAUAACACAGCCAAACACCAAAUGGAAUAAGAAACUGACAGAGGACUGAGAGUGAGGAGAGAUACUUGCUGAGGUUCCUUAUCAGCUAAUGCAGCACGGGUUCGCCAUCUUGGACUCCUGUUGGAGACUGGCUGAUAGGGAGUACCGGAAAGCAGCUUCACAGAGCUCCCAGCAGGAGACAGUAACCAGCUAGACAUGUUUUCCCACCACCCCCCACCCUCUUCCUGCUUCUCUACCUCAAAGCUUCCUGGCUGGCUGCAGGGACUCGGCUGGCCAGGAAGGGCAGCAUCCGUGCCACUUGGAUUCGCCUCACCCACAUUGCAGAUCAGCAGACAGGAGUACAGGAAAACAGCUUCGUGAAGUUUUCAGCAGGAGACAGAGCACCCAGUAACAAGCAAUAUAUGCUUUCCUAACUCCCACCUUUUUCCCCUCACUCUUUGGCCUCCUCUGCUUCCUGCAAGCUGCAGUUUCUUGGCCAGGAGGCAACUGGUUCUGCCCAGGGAUUCUCGGAUUCACCCCAUCCACACUGGCUGGGUCCCUGAGCUGGUGUAGCUUCUUUCCAUCUCUUUUGGUUUCAUCUCUGCCUCCCACCUGCCCCCCUCCUCCUUUCUCUUAAACACCUGGCUCUGUGUGCCAUCUGUUGCUUCUUCUUGAAAGGCUGUGAAGCCUCACUCAACUGGAGAUCCACUGCCCCAGCCGGCAACACCAUGCUGGUGGGACCCCUGGGUUUUUUUUUUUUUUUUGGUUGUUUUGUUUUGCAUUGUGCUGCUUUGUUUAUUUUCUUCCUCCUUUCACACUUGGGAGUCCCUUCUAGCUGGGCUGCACUGCACAGUCUAGGAGCCACUCCCCCAAUCUGCGCAGCUGGUAGGCAGGAUCUCUGGGGGCAUUUCUUUUCAUUUUUUUCUCUCUUUCUUUUUCUUUUUCCCUUCUCUCUUUUUCCUUUUCUGUCUUUCUUCACUUCUCAGUUCUCAUCUGUCUAUACUUAGCUUCUUUGCCAGUCUCCUGAAUACCUGGUGCUAUGUGACAUCUAUACCCCCCCAUCCAGGCUAUACUCCCUGGUCUUCUCGGCUGCACUGGUGGGACCCCUGGGGGAUUUUCUUUUCUACUUUUAUUUUUUUGUAUCCAAAUUUUUAUCUAGUUAUUUAUUUAUUAAUUUUUUUGCUUCUCUCCAUUUCUCAGGCUCUCAUCUCUCCACUCCAACAGUAAGUUCCCUUUGCACUCUUCUUUUUGGGGUGUGUGUGUGUGUGUUUCCUUCAUUUUUGGCUCAUGUUUCUUUCUCCUCUUUCCCAUACCAAUACUAGCUCUAUACAUCACAACCUCACCCCUUUCCUGCCUACCUGCACUGUGAGCUGAACAUCACACCUCUGAGCAGCACAGACACAGACUACCGGAACCUGCCUGGCACUGAUUUCUGGCCUGCCUGGUUGGCCCUAGUACAUGCCACAGACAACCCAUCCCAGCCCCUCCCCUUCAGCUGGACCUGUCCUGCUGUACCAUAGCUGAGUGACUGGCCCCGCCCAUUGGACAAGGAGUUGAAAACUAUCGUGACUACAGAUGAGCAAACAACAAAGAACCCACAGCCCACCUGCUCAGACAUAACCAAAUAAAACAAAAAAACAGGCCAAAACAAACAAACCUACUAGAAACGAAAAAAAUAACUACUGAAUGUUUUGAAGACAGCAGACAAUAUUAAAACAUAUUUAAAAAAGCAGGAGAGGAUGGUUCCAGUAGGCGUCAAAAAUAGAACACUUGACUUUCCAGUAGAAGAAAAGGCACUAGAACUACCUGACAGGGAAUUCAAAUCUCUAAUAUUCAGAGCUAUCCAAGAGUUGAAGUUAAAGCAAAAAACAGACAAAAAUGAAGAAAAAAUAGACAAAUUUAUGGAAAAGCCAGACAAAUUCAGGAAAAUGCAGACAAAAAAAUGAAAGAACUCAGAAAGAUAAUACAGGGAUAAAAUGCCAAAAUAAAUUCACAGCUAGAAAUCAUACAAAAACAAUUAGAAAUCCAAAAGAUAAACAACAAGAUUUCAGAAAUGGACAGUGUCAUAGAAGAGCUGAAGAGCAGGUUUGAAAUGAUGGGUGACAGGACAGUGAAACUGAAGACAAACACUUGGAUACAGGUCUGAGGAAAAAUCAGAAAAAAAGAACAAAGAAAAAAAUAGGAAACCCUGAGGAUUAUGUGGAAUACAAUCAAAAGCAAAAAUUUAUGAGUGAUCGGAGUUCCAGAACAGGGAGAGAAAAUGGAAAACACAGAGAGGAUCAUUGAAGAAUUGCUGACAGAAAACUUCCCUAAUAUCAUGAAUGAUGAAAAGUUGACCAUCCAAGAAGCUCAGUGAACCCCAUAUAGGAUAGACCCCAAAAGAAAGACACUAAGGCAUACCAUAAUCACACUCGCUAAAAUCAAAGACAAAGCAAAAAUCCUGCGAGCAGCUCGAGAAAAACAAAAAGUCAGAUACAGAGUAGAAACAAUAAGACUAAGCUCUGAUUAUUCAGCAGAAACCAUGCAGGCAAGAAGGCAAUGGGAUGAUAUAUGUAAAACUUGAAAGAAAAACAUUGUCAACCAAGAAUAAUAUAUCCUGCAAAACUGUUGUUCAAAUAUGAUGGUGAAAUUAGGACAUUUCCAGAUAAACAAAAAUUAAGGGAAUAUGUAAAAACCAAACCUAAAAGAAUUAUUAAAGGGAGUCCAUCGGUCUGAGAACAAACAACAUCAGACCACAGCCUGAGUCUAGGACACAAAAUUGUACCAGCCAGAUACCAACAUAGGAAAUGAACUCUCAAGGACUAUCCAAAACCAAAAGAAUUGCAACAGGGAACCAGAGAGGUUAAUCUGACAACAACAUCAGAAUAGUAAAAGAGGGAAUAAAUGGUGUAGGCAUAGAACUUUCUAAUGGAGAAGAAGGCAAGGCCAUACCAAGUAAUAAUAUACUGGUUCAAACCUAGGAAGAUAAGGGUAAAUUUCAAGGUACCACAAAGAAAGUUAAACAUACCCAUCAAAAUAAAGAAGAAAAACAUAAAGUCUCAAUAAAAAUAAAAUCUACAAAAACAAAAGAAAUCCACAGACAAAGGGAACUCAGCAUAGGAGAGUAAGAGGAACAAAGAAAACAGCACCACAAAAAAGAAAAAUAAAAAAAAGGCACUACAAAAUGACAUCAAUAAACUCACACCUAUCAGUAAUUACACAAAAUGGAAAUGGGCUAAAUGCACUCAUAAAGAGACAGAGUGACAGAAUGGAUUAAAAAACAGGAUCUAUCAAUAUGCUGUCUACAAGAGACACACCUUAGAAACAAAGAUGCAAAUGUAUUAAAAAUCAAAGGAUGGAAAAAAAACAUGUCAAGCAAAUAACUACCAAAAAAGAGCAGUAGUGGCACUACUAAUCUCAGAUAAAAUAGACUUUAAAAAAAAUCUACCAUAAAAGACAAAGAAAGGCACUAUAUAACAAUUAAAGGGACAAUCCCUCAUGAAGACUUAACCAUAAUAGACAUCUAAGAAUCCAAUGAAAGGGCUCCAAAAUACAUAAAACAAACUCUAACAGCACUGAAAAGAGAAAUAGACAGUUCCGCAAUAAUAGUUGGAGACUUCAACACACCACUCUCAGUAAAGGACAGAACAUCUAGAAAGAAGCUCAACAAAGAUACAGAAGAGCUAAAGAACACAAUCAGCCAACUUGAUCUCAUAGGCAUAUAUAGAACACUCCACCCAACAAGCUGCAAAGCACACAUUCUUGUCCAACGCACAUGGAACAUUCUCCAGAAUAGACCACAUCUUAGGCCACAGAGCAACCCUCAACAAAAUCCAAAACAUUGGGAUAAUACAAAGUAUCUUCUCUGACCAAAAUGCCAUCAAAGUAGAAAUUAACAAGAGGAAGAGUAAGUGAAAAAAAUCAAUUACAUGGAAACUGAAUAACACCCUGCUUAAAAAACCACCAAUAAUAGAAGAAAUUGGAGAUCCUAGAAUCCUAGAAUCAAACAAGAAUGAAAACACAUCAUACCAAAACCUUUGGGACACAGCAAAGGCAGUCCUCAGAGGUCAAUAUAUAGCAAUAGAGGCACACAUCGAAAAAGAAGAAAGGGACAAAAUCAAAACAUUAGCUACACAACUUGAACAAAUAGGAAGAGAACAGCAAAAUUAGCCCACGGCCACCAGAAUAAAGGAAAUAAUAAAGAUCAGAGCAGAAUAAAUGAAAUAGAGAAUAGAAAAACAAUAGAAAGAAUCAACAAAACCAAAAGUUAGUUCUUUGAAAGGAUCAACAAAAUCGACAAACCACUGGCCAAACUGACAAAAGAAAAACAGGAGAGGAUGCAAAUAGCCUAAAUAAGAAAUGAAAUGGGGGACAUUACAGCAGACCCAACUGAAAUAAAAAGGAUCAUAACAGAGUAUUAUGAAAAACUAUGCUCCAACAAAUUUGAAAACCUAGAGGAAAUGGAGAAAUUUCUAGAAACACACUACCUUCCCAAACUAACACAAAAUGAUGUUGAAAAUCUGAACAAACUCAUAAUGAGAGGGGAUCAAAAAGGUAAUAAAAAAAAAACUCUCAGCAAAAAAAAGCCCUGGCCCAGAUGGCUUUACUGGAGAAUUCUACCAAACAUUGAGAGAAGAGCUUACACCAGUACUACUCAAACUAUUUCAGAAUAUAGAAAAGGAAGGGAUACUUCCAAAUUCAUUCUAUGAAGCCAGCAUAACCCUGACACCAAAAUGAGUCAAAGACACCACAAAAAAAUAAAAUUCCAGACCAAUAUCUCUCAUGAAUAUAGAUGCAAAAAUUCUCAACAAAAUUCUAGCCAUAGAAUUCAGCAGCAUAUCAAAAAAAUAAUUAUAAUACACUAUGUCCAAGUAGGAUUAAUACCAGGUAUGCAAGGAUGGCUCAACAUUAGGAAAUCAAUCAACAUAACCCACCACAUAAAUAAAAAGAAAGAAAAGAAUCACAUUAUCAUCUCGAUCAAUGCAAAAAAGGCAUUUGACAAAGUUCAACACCCAUUCCUGAUAAAAACUCUCAAUAAAAUAGGUAUAGAAGGAAAAUUUCUCAACAUAAUAAAGGGCAUAUAUGCAAAACCAAAGGCCAACAUCAUUUUUAAUGGAGAGAGGCUGAAAACAUUCCCCCUGAGAACAAGAACAAGACAAUGAUGCCCUUUAUCACCACUCCUAUUUAACACUGUGUUGGAAGUCCUAGCUAGAGUGAUAAGGCCAGAAACAGAAAUAAAGGGCAUCCAAAUUGGUAAUGAAGAAGUUAAACUGUCCCUAUUUGCAGAUGAUAUACUAUACAAAGAAAACCCAAAAGACUCUACCAGAAAAUUAUUGGAGCUAAUAGAAAAGUCAGCAGAUUAGAAGGAUACAAGAUAAACACGAAAAUCAGCUGGAUUCCUAUAUACCAAUAAAGAGAACAAUGAAAAGGAAAUCAGGAAAACAAUACCAUUUAUAAUAGCCCCUAAAAAAAUAAAAAUCUAACCAGGGAUGUAAAAGAUCUAUACAAAGAAAACUACAAAACAUUACUGGAAGAAACCAAAAGAGACGUACAUAAAUGGAAAACAUACCAUGUUCAUGGAUAGGUAGACUCAACAUUGUGAAAAUGACAAUUCUACCCAAAACGAUUUACAAAUACAAUGCAAUACUGAUCCAAAUACCAACAACAUUCUCUGAAGAGAUGGAAAAACCUAUCAUUAACUUUAUAUGGAAAGGGAAGAAGCCCCAGAUAAGUAAAGCACUAUUGAAGAAGAAGAAGAAAGUAGGAGGACUCUCACUGCCUGACCUCAGAACCCACUAUACAGCUACGUAGUCAAAACAGCCUGGUACUGGUACAACAACAGAUGCAUUGACCAAUGGAACAGAACUGAGAACCCAAAUGUAAAUCCAUCCACCUAUGGUCACCUAAUCUUCGACGAGGGCCCAAAAUCCAUCGAUGGGGAAAAGAUGGUCUUUUUAACAAAUGGUGCUGGCAAAACUGGAUGUCCAUCUGCAAAAAAAGUGAAAACAGGACCCAUACCUCACACCAUAUACAAAAACUAACUCAAAAUGGACCUAAAUAUAAAGCCAAAAACCAUGCAGUUCAUAGAAGAAAAAAUAGGAUCAAUGCUAGAGGCCCUAAUACACAGCAUUAACAAGAUACAAACCACAACCAACAACACACAAGCUCCAGAAGAUAAGCUAGAUAACUGGAAUCUUCUAAAAAUUAAACUCCUAUGCUCAUCCAAAGAUUUCACCAAAAAGGCAAAAAGAGAACCGACAGACUGGGAAAAAUUUUUUGGCUAUUACAAAUCAGACAAAGGUCUAAUCUCUAAAAUAUACAAGAAAAUCCAGCACCUCUACAACAAAAAGACAAAUAAUCCAAUUAAAAAAUGGGCAAAUGAAAUGGACACUUCACCAAAGAAGACAUUCAAGCGGCCAACGGACACAUGAGGAAAUGCUCACAAUCUCUAGCCAUUAAAGAAAUGCAAAUCAAAACCACAACGUGACACCAUCCUACACUGGCAUUACUAGCACAAAUCAAUAAAACAAGAAAUAACAAAUGUUGGAGAGGCUGUGGGGAGAUCCGAACUCUUAUGCAUUACUGGUGGGAAUGAAAAAUGAUAAAACCAUUUUGGAAAACAAUAUGGUGCUUCCUUAUAAAGCUAGAAAUAGAAAUACUAUAUGAUCCAGCAAUCCCACUCCUAAAGAAAUAAGGGUUGUCACACGUACAGACAUAUGCACACCCAUGUUCACUGCAGCAUUGUUCAUAAUAGCAAAAAAUGGAAACAACCUAGAUGAAACAGAUGAAUGGAUAAACAAACUAUGGUACAUACAGAAUGGAGUAUUGUCCAACGAUAAAGAACAAAGAUAAAUCUGUGAAGCAUCUCAUAACAUGGAUGAAUCUGGAGGGCAUUAUGUUGAGUGAAAUAAGUCAAUCACAAAAGUACAAAUAUUGUAUGAGAUCACUACUGUAAAUACUCAUGAAAAGGUUUACAUACAAAAAGAAACAAUCUUUGAUGG